AAAUCGAAACAGCAAAUAAUGCUGCUUUUAACCCUUCCCCCAUAGCCCCUGCUGUUCCGAUCACCCGAAAACCCUAAAAAUUAAGCAAAGCUUCAAUUCCUCUCUCUUCUCAUCCAUGAAAUCCCCUCAAAACACGAUUCCAACAAUCCCUCUCUGAACCGACCUAAAACCCCACGUCCAAAGGCCCUAGGGUUUGUUCUUCCAUAGAACCAUGUCUCUCCCCCCUAUGGAGUGCAUAUACGUUACCGAAGACUGUAUAAGGGAAUGGAAGAGCGGAGACCCUUGCUUCAAAGUCCCGAAGCCGGUUCCAGGGCUUCGUUUUCUCUAUGAGCUUUGCUGGACCAUAGUUCGCGGAGAGUUGCCGUUUCAGAAGUGUAAAGCGGCACUAGAGUCGGUUGAGUUUUCGGAUAAAGUCUCUGAUGAAGAAGUGGGUUCAAAUUUUGCGGAUAUCGUGACCCAGUUGGCUCUGGAUCUUACAAUGCCUGGAGAGUAUCGUGCACGUCUCAUGAAAUUGGCAAAAUGGCUGGUGGAAUCUGCAUUAGUUCCAUUGAGGCUCUUUCAGGAGCGCUGUGAGGAAGAGUUUUUAUGGGACUCUGAAAUGAUCAAGAUAAAGGCUGCUGAUUUGAAGUCUAAAGAGGUCAGAGUGAACACUCGUUUGCUUUAUCAGCAAACCAAAUUUAACCUUCUUCGGGAAGAGAGUGAGGGCUAUGCUAAGCUGGUUACCCUCCUUUGUCAAGGUUCUGAAGCAUCAACUCAAAAUGGUUCAGCAGCAACAGUUGGCAUCAUUAAGUCACUAAUUGGACACUUUGAUUUGGAUCCGAACCGUGUAUUCGAUAUUGUACUGGAGUGUUUUGAGCUUCAGCCUGAUAACAGUGUUUUCUUGGAUCUGAUUCCAAUAUUUCCCAAGUCUCAUGCUUCCCAUAUUCUUGGUUUUAAGUUUCAAUACUAUCAGCGAAUGGAGGUGAAUUGCCCUGUACCAUUUGGGCUCUAUCAGCUCACUGCUUUACUUGUGAAGAAAGAAUUCAUUGAUCUUGAUAGCAUAUAUGCACAUUUACUUCCCAAGGAUGACGGGGCAUUUGAGCAUUAUAAUAUGUUUUCUGCUAAGCGACUUGAUGAGGCCAAUAAAAUUGGCAAAAUAAAUCUUGCUGCCACUGGAAAAGAUCUUAUGGAUGAUGAGAAGCAAGGAGACGUGACAAUAGAUCUUUUUUCGGCUUUAGACUUGGAAAAUGAGGCAGUCAGUGAGCGAGCUUCAGAGCUUGAAAAUAAUCAAACUUUGGGCUUGCUAACUGGAUUUCUUUCGGUGAACGACUGGUAUCAUGCCCGUGUCCUGUUUGAACGACUUUCAGCUCUUAAUCCAGCAGAACAUAUUCAAAUUUGUAAUGAAUUGUUUAGGCUCAUUGAAGAAUCCAUCUCCUUGUCAUAUGAACUUGCUCGACGGAUCCAUCUUCAGAGCUUAGGCUUGCAUUCGGCAGCUGGUGGUGAGCCUAUGGAAACAAAUUCAUCAGCCCGUGGAUCCUUUAUUGAUCUUCCAAAGGAACUUUUUGAGAUGCUUUCUUGUGCUGGACCUUAUCUUUACCGUGAUACAUUACUGCUGCAGAAGGUGUGUAGAGUACUGAGAGGCUAUUACCUUUCAGCACUUGAGCUCGUCAGUACUGGUGAUGGAGUUUUAGAUACUGAAACUGUUAUUACUGGGAAUCGAACUCCUCGUCUUCACCUAAAAGAAGCCAGGUUAAGGGUUGAGGAAGCCCUGGGAACGUGUUUACUCCCUUCUUUACAGUUAAUACCUGCAAAUCCAGCAGUUGGGCAGGAGAUAUGGGAAGUUAUGAAUCUCCUUCCAUAUGAGGUACGAUAUCGGCUGUAUGGUGAAUGGGAAAAAGAUGAUGAGAGGAUUCCAAUGGUUUUGGCUGCCAGGCAAACUGCAAAGUUAGACACUAGAAGGAUCUUGAAGCGCCUUGCAAAGGAAAACCUGAAGCAGCUGGGUCGAAUGGUUGCAAAGCUAGCUCAUGCCAAUCCAAUGACUGUGCUUCGAACAAUUGUUCAUCAGAUUGAGGCAUACAGGGAUAUGAUUACGCCUGUGGUGGAUGCGUUCAAGUACUUGACACAGCUUGAGUAUGAUAUUUUGGAGUAUGUCGUGAUUGAGCGUUUGGCACAAGGUGGGCGUGAGAAGCUGAAAGAUGAUGGCCUUAAUUUGUCAGACUGGCUUCAAUCUUUGGCUUCGUUUUGGGGUCACUUGUGCAAGAAAUACCCAUCAAUGGAACUAAGAGGUCUUUUUCAGUACCUUGUUAAUCAAUUGAAAAAAGGGAAUGGAAUUGAACUUGUCCUCCUACAGGAGCUUAUCCAGCAAAUGGCGAAUGUGCAAUACACAGAGAACAUGACUGAGGAGCAGUUAGAUUCCAUGGCAGGGAGUGACACUCUUCGGUAUCAGGCUACAUCUUUUGGAAUAACCCGAAACAACAAGGCAUUGGUCAAAUCCACUAACAGGCUAAGGGAUUCAUUGCUCCCCAAGGACGAACCCAAGUUAGCAGUUCCACUUCUGUUGCUUAUUGCCCAACAUUGUUCUGUGGUCCUCAUUAAUUCUGAUGUGCCAUACAUUAAGAUGAUCAGUGAGCAGUUUGACAGAUGCCAUGGAACCCUUCUCCAAUAUGUUGAAUUUCUGUGUAGUGCUGUCACGCCAACAGCAGCAUAUGCUCUGCUGAUUCCACCUCUUGAUGAGAUUGUACACCGUUACCACCUUGAUCCUGAGGUGGCUUUUUUAAUUUAUCGGCCUGUGAUGAGGCUCUUCAAGUGCCAGAGUAAUUCUGAUGUCUUCUGGCCUUUAGAUCAUGCUGAUGCUACCAAGUCUUCCAUUUCUGAAAAGGAAUCUCACACAGCUGAGUCAUCUGGAAAACUGGUUCUGGAUCUUGGUCCUUCUCGAAAGUCUAUAAUGUGGUCUGAUCUUCUUGAGACUGUUAGGACUAUGUUGCCUGCAAAAGCUUGGAACAGCCUUUCUCCAGAUCUAUAUGCCACUUUCUGGGGUCUUACACUUUAUGAUCUUUAUGUUCCUAGAAGUCGCUAUGAGUCUGAAAUGACCAAGCAGCAUGCUGCUCUUAAAGCUCUGGAAGAACUCUCUGAUAAUUCGAGUUCAGCAAUAACGAAGAGGAAGAAGGACAAGGAAAGAAUUCAAGAAUCUUUGGAUCGUCUCAUGAGUGAACUCCAGAAGCAUGAAGAACAUGUUUCAUCUGUUCAUAGUCGUCUUGCUCGUGAGAAGGACAAGUGGUUGAGUUCCUGCCUAGAUACCUUGAAGAUUAACAUGGAGUUCCUCCAGCGCUGUAUUUUUCCACGCUGUACUUUCAGUAUGCCUGACGCGGUUUACUGUGCCAUGUUUGUACAUACUCUUCAUUCUCUAGGGACUCCAUUUUUCAACACUGUCAACCACAUUGAUGCUCUGAUAUGUAAAACCUUACAACCAAUGAUAUGCUGCUGCACUGAGUAUGAAGUAGGCCGACUUGGGAGGUUUUUAUAUGAGACAUUGAAGAUAGCUUACCACUGGAAGAGUGAUGAAUCAAUAUAUGAACGUGAAUGUGGAAACAUGCCAGGUUUUGCUGUCUACUAUAGAUAUCCAAACAGCCAGCGUGUGACUUAUGGUCAAUUUAUUAAGGUACACUGGAAAUGGAGUCAGCGGAUCACAAGGUUGCUGAUUCAGUGUUUGGAAUCCAAUGAAUACAUGGAAAUUCGAAAUGCUCUUAUAAUGUUGACAAAAAUUUCUGGUGUUUUCCCUGUUACACGAAAGAGUGGGAUCAAUCUUGAAAAACGGGUUACUAAAAUUAAAAGUGAUGAGAGGGAAGAUCUCAAGGUCUUGGCCACAGGUGUUGCAGCAGCAUUGGCUGCUAGGAAGCCUUCAUGGGUUUCAGAGGAAGAGUUUGGCAUGGGCUAUCUUGAACUGAAGCUUGCCCCUUCACUUCCUUCAAAACCUUUAGCUGGUAAUUUAGUUUCUGUGCAAAAUGGUUCUGGCAUUAUUGUUUCUCAAGGUGAGCCCACUGGGGGAAGAGUUGUUGCCGCAGGAACUCAGCAUUCUGAUACGGGGACUGCUAUCAAAGACCAGAUAUCAAGAACAAAACCUGUUGAUGGAAGGCUGGAAAGAACAGAAAGUGCUGCACUGAAAUCUGAUCAAGGACAUGCAAAACCAAAAGGUUUAUCCUUAAUUAAUGGGUCAGAUGCCCAGCCCUCCGCUGCACAAGCUGGAACAUCAAAAUCAAUAGAAAAUUAUAAACAGAUGGAUGAUACUAUAAACCAAACACUGGAUGACAGUGUCACUAAAGUAGGUACAAAGGCAUCUGCUGAAUCUGAGGCAAGAGCACCUGUAAAGCGGUCAUUGCCAUCUGGAUCUCUUUCAAAGCAAAUUGGGAAAGAUGAUAGUAAAUCUGUAAAAGCUGUUGGCAGAACACUUGGCUUAUCUUCUACUAGCGACAGGGACCCCACCCAUCUCCUUGAGGGGAGGCAAGGUGGGACAGCUAAUGUCUUGUCCUCAGGUUCUCACAAUGGAAAUAUGAAUCCAAAUUUAGUUAAAGGCUCCACCCCUGCCACAAAAUUAUUUGAUAUCCAUGGAAGUGAACCAAAGGCAGGAAGUGGAGCUGCAAAGUCAUCUGAUUUGAGGGUUUCUGCUUCAAAAGAUGAUAACACUGAAGUUCCUGACAUUCAAAAACCUCUCUCCUCAAGACCUGUUCAUUCUCCAAGGCAUGAUAACUCUGCUGCCGCAUCAAAAUCUAGUGACAAACAACAAAAGAGAGCCAGCCCUGCUGAAGAACCAGAUCGACUAAAUAAGCGUCGGAAAGGAGAAAUUGAUUCAAGAGACUUAGAGGGUGAAGUUCGAGCCUCUGAGAAAGAGAGGUCACUUGAUCCCCGUCUUGUGGACAAACAUUUUCCAGUGGAUCUGGAGAAAUCUGGAUCUGAGGAUCAAAUUACAAAUAGGGCCAUGGACAAGCCCCUGGACAGGUCCAGAGAUAAGGGAAGUGAACGGCAUGACAGGGACCAUAGGGAAAGGUUAGAGGUUCCUGAUAAGUCACGCGGAGAUGAUGUUAUAUUGGAAAAAUCUAGAGAUAGAUCAAUGGAAAGAUAUGGAAGAGAACGAUCUGUGGAAAGAGGGCAAGACAGAGUUUCUGAUAGGGGCUUUGACAGGCUUGCAGAAAAAGCUAAGGACGACAGAAUCAGAGAUGAUAGAACUAAAAUGCGUUAUAGUGAGGCAUCUACAGAGAAAUCUCAUCUUGAAGAUCGUUUUCAUGGGCAAAACUUGCCGCCCCCUCCACCAUUACCACCUCAUAUGGUCCCACAAUCAGUUAAUGCAGCCAGAAGAGAUGAGGAUGCUGACAGAAGGUUCGGAAGUACUAGACAUAGUCAAAGACUGUCUCCAAGGCAUGAAGAGAGAGAACGGAGACGAUCAGAGGAGAGUACUUUUCUUUCACAAGAUGAUGCAAAACGUAGAAGAGAAGAAGAUUUUCGUGAUAGAAAGCGGGAAGAUCGAGAGGGGCUGUCUACAAAGGUGGAUGAGAGGGAGAGAGAAAGGGAGAGAGAGAAGACAACGCUUCUGAAGGAGGAUUUGGAUGCAACUGCAGCAUCUAAAAGACGAAAACUCAAAAGGGAGCAUCUACCUGAGGCUGGUGAAUAUUCACCAGCUGGACCACCACCUCCAUUAAAUGUUUCAACUCCACAACCAUAUGAUGGAAGAGAUAGGGGGGACAGAAAGGGGUCCACGGUCCAGCGUCCUAGUUACUUAGAGGAACCAGGUUUGAGGAUUCAUGGUAAAGAAGCUACUGCCAAGAUGACUCGCCGUGAAACUGAACAGAUGUAUGAAAGAGAGUGGGAAGAUGAGAAGAGGCAGAGAACCGAACCAAAGAGGCGACACAGAAAGUGAGUGAAUGAGGAGAGCAAAGAUUUCUGACUGCUGUUAGCUGGAUUGCAAAUGCAGUAGGGUUUUCACCGGGUUGCUUGUUCGAUCGUAUUGCUGUUAUGUUUCAUGAACAAACCAACAUUGGAAGUCGAUCUGUCUUCUUUUUAAUAUCUCCUUGCGUUGGAUACAUUGAGAGAGCAGUUAACUGGCAAGUUAUUGAUUUCUCUGGGCUGAAAUUUAGUUUUUAUACAUCAAGAAGAGCAUUGUAUUGAUAUCUUGAUAGUUCAUGAAACUGAUGAAAUUUGAUCAGAAAUAUCAUGAAAGGUUUGAGGUUGCUUCUCUGCCAACCAAAGAGUCACAUCAAACUGUACACCUCUACAACCAAAUAUGACUUGACUGGAGAGCGUUCAAGUCAUGGAAAUAGCAUUUUGUUGAACCUCAAACGAUCCUUCAAUUUGGGAAUGCUGGCAUGAAAAGGAGUCUCCCCCUUCAUAUGCUGUACCCAGCUGAUUUGUGAAUUAGGUUUUAACGUUUGCCUCUUCAGUUAUCAACUCUCUAAAUUAGAAGUGGCAUUUAAUUUUAUUUAAGCUCCCAUUUGUUUA